UAGAUCCAACUUGAAAAAGAUGUAGCUGAGAUGUCAACUAGCUUGUAAGAUAGUCUCACUCAGGACAUGACAUAAAUGUCAGCCCAUUCAUACCAUGCCUACAGGAGACAAACAAAACAAGUCACCUGAGUCAAAUAAAGAAUCUAAACAGUUGCACAAGCUUAUAGCAUUGAUUAAAACCCCAGCCAGUACACAACAGCUGCCCUCCCUUAAGUAUUCUGUGCAAAAGAAUUCACCAGUUCAUUCAAACAUUUCACAAUCUGGUUCAGUCCAGUCCCAGCGUGCUGAAGCUGUCCAGUUGGAAAAUUUUAGUUUAAAGUACAAAGAAGAAAGACUAUUUAGUGUCCAUCCAUUGCAUAACUAUUUUGCUGAAAUACAUCUAACAUUAACCAAAAAUAGAUUAUGUUCACAGGAAUGGCUAAAUUAUGCAUCAGCAGAACAUGUUUUGAGAGUUCUUAUUUGCCUUCGCAUACUUUUAAGAGAUCCAUCUUACCAAAAAGAAUUUUUUAAAACAGAUGGUCUAAAAUCUUUAGCACAAUAUUUCCACAAAGUUACAGAGGAAUAUUUUAAUAGCACAGAUGGACCAUAUUCAGUUGACAUUCUCAAAGAAAUUACAAAUAUCUUCCAGAAGCUGUCAGCCUCUGUUGAUAGAUUUGAAAAGCUAGUGGUUUAUGAAGCUCAUAAGCCUUUGGUGCGCUUACUUGAAGCUACAGAUGUGAUAGUUCUUCACUGUUCCUUGUAUGCACUAAUAGGUUUAGCACAAAGCAAAAGUCCCAGGUUACAAAUUACAGAACUAAGUGCUGUACACAUUUUGCUUAGGAUUAUUGAAGAAUAUGACACCAUUUCAAAAAAGCUUGCUGCCAAUUUACUCCGCCUUCUGUGUGCUGAUUCACAAGCAAGAGAACAAGUCAAAAUAGAAGAUGGUGUCCCUUUACUGCUGAGUCAGCUCCAUAGUGAGAAUGUGAGUCUCCUGUGGCAUAUAGUCUGGUGCUUGGUCUUGUUGUGUGAAGAUGCUGACUGUAGAGAUGAUAUCAGGCAACUUGGGGGCAUUCCGCUUAUAUUAGCUCUCUUACAUGACAGAAAGUUUGUGAGUGAACGGACUGAUACUAGCAAACAUGCUGUUCUCAGUGCAGGUCUUAGUAGGAAAACUGUAUCUAAUGAAGAACAUGAAGAAUUUUUUGAGCAUCAGUUUUCCUUAAAGAAAGCCUGCUGUGCUGCCUUGACUGAACUGGUUUUAAAUGACACAAAUGCACAACAAAUAGUUCAAGCUAAUGGCAUAUACUCUCUUGGUCUCUUGAUAUUACCACAGAAAUGGACUUCAGAGAAAGAGAAAAAAAGAGCAACUAAAUUACAGCAAAAUGCUUUUCGAGCACUUCGAUUUUUAUUUAGCAUGGAGAGGAACAGACGACUUUUUAAACAGCUUUUUCCACCAGACCUUUUUGAAAUGUUUAUUGAUGUAGGUCAUUAUAACAGAGACCUCAGUGCAUACAUGCCACUUGCAGAUAAGAUCAACAGUCUUCCAAAGGAAGAUGUCAAUGAAAUAGCUGAAAAUAUAAGCAAUACCAACCAAAACAAAGAGCCAAACUAUUAUAUUGGUGACUAUGCAGUGUUUGAACUUCUUGGUUCUGGAGCCUUUGGAUCUGUAUAUAAAGUGAGAAAGAAAGCAGGAAGACAAUCUUUCUUUGCUCUAAAAGAGGUAAAUCUCCAAAAUAUGGUUUUUGGAAAAAGUGCAAAAGAAAAAGAGAUGAGUGUUGGAGAAAUAACCAAUGAGCUGAAGAUAAUGAAAGAGGAGAUGAGACACCCUAAUGUUGUUAGAUAUUACAGAACUUUUGAGCUGAAUGAUAAACUUUACAUUGUGAUGGAGUACAUAGAAGGAGCCCAUCUGGGGGAGCACUUCAACUCUUUGAAAGAAAAAAAUGACAAGUUUCAGCAAGCCAGAAUAUGGAAUAUUUUAUUGCAGCUUAUUUUAGCAUUACGUUAUCUGCACAAAGAGAAAGGAAUUGUACACAGGGAUCUCACACCAAGCAAUAUUAUGUUAGGAGAAAAUGACAAAGUUACUAUAACUGACUUUGGUUUAGCCAAGCAAAAGAGAAGUGAAUGUAGCAAGAUGACAUCUGUUGUAGGCACCAUCCUUUACUCAUGCCCUGAGGUAGUACAAAACAUGGCAUAUGGAGAAAAAGCUGACAUUUGGGCCCUUGGAUGUAUUCUAUACCAAAUGUGUGCAUUAGAGCCACCAUUUAACAGUACCAACAUGCUUACAUUGGUCAAUAAGAUUGUAGCUGCUGAUUACAAGCCUAUUCCAGAAAAGGAAUAUUCACCAAGAUUGUUACAGACUAUAAAAAGCUGUCUGUGUGUAAACCCUGAGGACAGGCCAGAUAUUCUACAGCUAAGUGGCCAGCUGGCGGACAUCUUACUCACUCACAUGGAUCAGCUGAGGAUAUCACAAACUGCUCUUGAGAGGAAACUUGAAAGGGAGAGAAAAAGAACUCAAAAGCAUUUUUUGGAGGCGAAUCGAAAUAUGCAAAACUAUCACCGUUUGUUCCUGGCAUCUCAAGAAGGUUAUGACAAAUUGACAAACUUAGCAGGAAGUGAUGGUGCUGAGGGUUUCAAGACAGAUACAAAAGAUUCCUAUGCAGAUUGUAGUGAUGCUGGCAUAGGCUCCAGUGUAGCAGUUUCCAUUAGUUCCAUUCAUUUUGGUGAUAUUUCUGAUGAAGACAGCUACCCUAGCAGCAGCAGUGAAAGCAGGGAGAGUAGUGCAGGGAGUGUGCGCUCACAGAGGCACUGCAUGCCCAAACUGAAUAGACCUCAGCUCAACAGGAGGAGGCAGGUGAUGCCUGAUAAUCUGGAACUGGACAUACCAGCCAUAGCCAAAACAAGUCGUGAUUCUGGUCUAAGCUCAGGAGACCCAUCUCCAAAUGCCACACCAAUACUCCACUAUACAGACAUGCAACUCAAUGGCCGCAGACUAAAUAUUUCAAGAUCUAUUAGUACCAAUGAAGUAGCUGCUGCCAGUAUAGCCCACAGAUUGGAUAAGAGAUCCAGAAGUGCUGCAAUGCUGACAAUAUCCCCUAAUCGACUGAGAGAAAUCAAUGACCCGGUACAACAGAUGCUUCACCAACUGCAUAAGUUAAUAUACAUCACACAGUUACCACCAACACUUAGUCCAAAUCCUAAUCGCAGAAUCAUCGAGCAAUACAAAAGAGCUCUUUUCUCCACUAACAGCACCUCUCUAAACUUAAAAAGUGAAAUCCAAAAGCUUAUCCAAGGAUCCAAAGACAUUAUUGACUUAAACUUUGGAAAUCCUGAGUAUUUGAAGCGUAGUUCCGUGGCAGGUGAGCUGGACUCUCCCCUAGACCCAGACAAGCCAGUCAUGUCUUUUUAUGACCCUGACUACAAAGAAGUAGGAAUAACCUAUGAGUAUAUGCAAACAGUACUGGAAGCUGCAUUAAAGGAGGCUGGAUAUUACAAGGUUGAUUCCCUACCACGCUACUGGACCCCAUAGAAGACAUGUACAGCUUUAUGCAGUCAAUGAUUUUUUUUUAACUAAUUGAAUGUAAUGAUUGUUUACAAGAAUUUUACCUACAUGAACUGUGAUAGUCACCUCCAUUCCAUAAUUAUUUAAAAGCAACAAAAUUUUAUUUUCUAAAGCAGUCAUUUCAUAUUUAUUACAUAUGUAUUUUAUUAUGUAUAUAAUUUAAAAUUUUCUAUAUGUUUAUAAAAAGUAAAAUGCAUUUUUAACAGAACUAUAAAGUACCAGUGAAAUAAUUAUCCAAAAUAGUUUUAAAAUUGACCUUUUUACUUGUACUACUGAGUGUUACACUGGGUUUACACUUAGAACAUGAUUGAUGUUACUAAUCUAGAACACAGUCCUGCAUCAAAUUUGAUCUAAACAGCUAAUUUUAGGUUUUUAUCAACAGCUGUUGUCUAAAAACCAGCUAAGAAUAGAGCUGAGUUCCUAUUGUAUAUUUUCAGUUUGCAGUCUUUAUAUUCAUGUAGUCGUUUGUUUGAACAUUUAUUGAGAAGUAAUGAAAUAAAUGACGAAACAAGAGACAAUCAUAAAGCUAGGUUGGGAUCCUACUCUUCCUGUUCCUUCAGUUAUAAGAUGGUAUUAUACAAUAGAUUUGUAUUAUACAAUAGAUUUGUAUUAUACAAUAGAUUAGUAUUAUACAAUAGAUUUGUAUUAUACAAUAGAUUUGUAUUAUACAAUAGAUUUGUAUUAUACAAUAGAUUUGUAUUACACAAGAAAUGUAUAUUAUACAAGAAAUUUGUAUUAUACAAGAAAUUGAUCUUUUGAACCUGGACAAUAUUGUAAUGUCCAAGUGUGUUUGGUCAGGCUAAAACUAGGUGUGUAACUGUUUACACCAAGCCAGUUUAAACAGUCCAGAGGAGAAAAUAUUGCAUUUUGUGCCUGGCUGGACAUUUUGUGCCUGGCUGGACAUUUUGUGUCUGGCUGGACAUUUUGUGCACCAGCUGGACAUUUUGUGUCCUGUUUACCCACAACUUAUCAUAUUCUAAGUGUAAACCUGGAGUUCUGUAUAUUUCUGUGAUAUAUUAAGUAGAUUCUAUUUUUCUAGUAUUCAUUUAAAAGUAAUUAUUUGAAGCAAGCUGGGCAUUACUUAUACAAUUGACUGUAACCAAAAGAACUAAGCUGUACAAGGUUGCUGGUGUAACUUGUUCAAUGCUUAGCAUUGAGUACUUAGUACAUCCACAAACACAUAGCAAGGUUUAAUAUCUUGGUCCAUCCACAAACUUGAAACACACAGCAAGGUUUAAUAACAACUUGUCAUGGGGCUCAGAAGCAAAUUUCUGAGUCUGCUAUUGUUUUUUUUUUAGUAGGCCUAUUCAUGUUAAAUAUUUUUGUUAUAGUCAUGUUUUUUUAAAAACCUCAAUGUUAAAAUUGAUCUAUAAUAUUGUGUAACAUAUAUUUCUUUGUCAGAUAACCUAUUUAAUAUUGUAUUUAUUCUAAGCAUCUUUACUUGAGGAUGGUCAUCUUUUCAUGUCAAUUUUUUGUUCAUGAGUAUUGUUAAUGUGCAACAUUUUUACACAUUUUAAACUUUAGCAAAUAGAAUAUCUCAUUGAGUCACAUGUUAAUCUAGUAAAUUGUCAUCUUUUAUCUUACAAAAACUUGAACUUUUCAAGGAUAUUUGUAUAGAGAAAAAAAUGUGGCUCCAUAGAGGAAACAAAUGGAGUGUGAACAAAUCAUCAAAAACUGUUUGCUGUAAAAUACAUUGUAUCCAUAGAUGGUCAAAACUACAGUAUUACUUGUGUACAAAGUCACUGGUGCAAUCACUUGUCAAUAUGUACAAUUUUAUUUAUAACCUUCACUUUAAAGCAUUCCUUUUAAUUAGGUUUAACUAUCUUUUUUAGAAUUGAAAACUUGAUCAGUCUAAUUAAAAUUAUUUUAAUUAGGAUUAACUAUCUUUUUUAGAAUUGAAAACUUGAUCAGUCUAAUUAAAAUUAUUUUAAUUAGGAUUAACUAUCUUUUUUAGAAUUGAAAACUUGAUCAGUCUAUGUAAAAUUAUUUUAAUUAGGAUUAACUAUCUUUUUACAAUUUAAGCUUUGGUCAGUCAAACCAAAAAUAUCACCAUUUGUUUAAUUUUUUUUUAUUUUCCGUCCAAGACAUUCCAUUCUGUUAAAAAACAGAAAAUUUAGCCUUAAUCUUUUAUUUAUGUUGUAUUUUUUACAGCUUAUAAAAUAGUAUUUUUUAUAGCUAAUAUUCAUUUUGAUUACCCGUCCAAUUUUACAGCAGUAACAUUCCAAUGUUUUAAAUUAUUUGUAAUAAAAUGUCACAUUCAAAAUGUUUACUGUUGAUAAAUGAUUUUAUUUUGUUUUAAAGUAUUUAAAAUUUGUGUGUGUCUAAAUAUUUUUAACUGAAAGCUUUCAAAAGAUGUUUUUUGAAUCUUAUUUUUAGCUUUUCCUGCCUUUUGUUUUCAAAUGAGUUAAUUUGGUAGCUGAUAGCUAAUUCUACUGUCCGUCCAUUUUUGACAUGUCAGUCCUAAACUAAUUAAAUAAAUUAUAUUUGAGUCCGUCCAUUCAAUCGUGUUAUUAUAUUAAUAUAAUCAGCAUAAUCAUUUGAAGCUUGUCAGAGUAAGUUUUUGGGAUUAAGUUUUGUUCUGGCAAUGUUAGAGGGAGUAGUUAAGUUUUUGGGAUUAAGUUUUGUUCUGGCAAUGUUAGAGGGAGUAGUUAAGUUUUUGGGAUUAAGUUUUGUUCUGGCAAUGUUAGAGGGAGUAGUUAAGUUUUUGGGAUUAAGUUUUGUUUUGGCAAUGUAAGAGGGAGUAGUUAAGUUUUUGGGAUUAAGUUUUGUUCUGGCAAUGUAAGAGGGAGUAGUUAAGUUUUUGGGAUUAAGUUUUGUUCUGGCAAUGUAAGAGGGAGUAGUGCGGCAUCCAUGUGGCAACACUUGAAACAUAUGGCUGAUUUUAGCUGUUCAUGUGUUUGGUGACAUGGAUGUGUGGGUACUGUGUGGUGACAUGGAUGUGUGGGUACUGUGUGUGGUGACAUGGAUGUGUGUGUACUGUGUGUGGUGACAUGGAUGUGUGGGUACUGUGUGUGGUGACAUGGAUGUGUGGGUACUGUGUGUUGUCACUUGGAGUAAGGAACAUUAAAUUGUCUGUGACUUUAAUAUAAGUGUAUUUUUGUUUUGUUUUUUCUUUUGUCUUAAGUUUUUUAUUUUUCAUACAUUUUAAAAUAGGCAGUUUGUGUGUAUAUUCUAAGUAUAGGUAGGACUGUGUAUAUUAAAAACAAAUAUGUAAAUACAUUCUGAAAGGUCACAUUC